AUGUCAACUACGUCGGAAGUCUCCCACUCAGACCUUUCGGGUCUCCCAACUCAUGGGACUGCCAAGAUUACAAAUGUGGAACAUUUGGCGUCAUACAACUGGAUUGAAGCACCGGUCGCUACCAUAGCCGUGCCUGGCGGCCCUCCUCUGUGGUCUCCCGCAAAGCAUCCGAAACAAGUGAAGAAAGAUAGUGGCCAUGUGUACAUUGCUCAAAACGCAGCUCGCCACCCAGAAAGCCCUAUGGAGCCCCUUUUCCGUGCCUUGUUCAUCGAGCACCCCGACUUCAACAUCCGUGAAACCGAUCUCGUGAGCGACCGCAACAACAUCCGAAAAUUAUUGGCGUUUGUGGAUCCUGCUACAUCGAGAAACAGCCACGAAGCUUUCACGAUCCGAGCGGAGUUCGUAGAGGGGACGGUGAUUUUCUGUCGUGAGGAAGCUAAGGUUCAAGAAUUCAUUGGACCGAACGAGUUCAGAGGCUUUGGACACGAGUUUGAGAAAUCUUAUACUAAGCCUUCGGUUUCUGAGAGCACAGGUCACCACAGGAUCAUAUCGUACGGCUUUUGUGAUCUUCGCUUUCUGAUUAGGUACGAGACGGACGGCUACGUGGACGACCGCGGUGCACCAGCCGACAAGGAUCAGGAAGGCGACAUGACUGAUCUGUUGCGUUCUCUGUCUCUCAACGAGGAUCGUCCACAUGGUGCAGGUGGUGCAGCUUCUUCGAAGCUGACCAUCUGGAAGACCGGGAUCAAAGUGCCGCUUACCUCUACGCUCGAGAUUAAGACUCGUGUAGCACACAAAUCGCUCUCCAUAGACGAAGUCGCUCCACAGCUGUGGGUCUCUCAAACGCCGAAGCUGGUGCGAGCUUAUCACAACAAGGGCGUCUUUGAUCCGCCCAGAGUGGAAGAUGUGACAGCACUAGUGAAACAAUGGGAGGGGAGAAAGGGAGAAGCACUGCAGAAGCUGGGUGCCUUGAUACACAAAAUCAUCGAAGUAUUGAAGGAAUACUCUUCUGCCACAAUCAGGUUUGUUCCGGACGACAGAAAACUGAUCAUCAGUCGGGAAGAGACAAGAAAUCUGUUGCCAAGGGAUCUUUACUGUGAGUGGGCUAACACAAUGCCCAGUGACUCGAAGCAACACAAUGCUGGUGAACCUUGUGCAACGGGAGCUACUGUAAGUGGUGUUGUCCCGUGUGGGAACAUUUGUGCUGAGAUACACAGGAAUCAGUCGGAAAGAACAUAG